AUGCACACGACCAUCGGCUACGGCAACAAAAUUUCUUCGUCGGCGAGAAGAUCGAUCGAGACACGUAAGGACAAAGGGAUGUCGAGGACCUGCACAGCCGUAGGCCACGGGGACGGCUCGUCGCGGUGGUCCGAGCUCCCGGACGAUAUCCUCGGCAUGGUCCGCAACAAGAUCAACUCCCCGCGCGAUCUCGUGCGCAUGGCCGCCGCCUGCAAGCUAUGGCGCGAUGCUUCAUCACAGCUUCCGGCGACGCCCGCUGUCCCGGCGCUGAUACUCUCGCCGGGCGGAUGCAGCAGCAAGAAGCACAUGUGCGGCCCCAACGGCAGCUGGGUCAUGCACGUCCCCAGCAAAGCGGCCACGAAACGGUUUGUUGGUUCCCACCAAGGUGGCUGGAUCGCCGCCAUCGAUUACCGCGAGCUCGCCAUCGUGAACCUCUUCACUGGCGCUGAGGUGUUGUUAUCCGCCAAGCAAAGCACGAUCGCCCUGAUACCUAGCACAUCUACCUAUGGCAGUGAUAACGGCAUCAAGAAGAUCAUAUUCUCUCAAGACCCCUCCUCCUCCAAUUCCAUUAAUGGCUGCACCCUUGCUGCCCUUAGAAAUAAUCGUGAUAGUAUUUCCGUGUGCAGAGUCGACUGCCCGGACGGUGGGUGGUCUGCACGGCUUUGGCGUGGUGAGUUGAUAUGGGACAUCGCCUUUUACAACGGCGAGCUCUAUUGCCUCACCCGACUCCCCGAAAAACUUGUUAGGUUUGAAAUCGGCACAAGCAAAGACGGAGCUCCGGUUAUCACGGCCACCCACCAACUGGACAUCCAAAACCGCCACUUAGAUUUCUACAAUCCUAUCGAGUACGACGCUUACAUUGUUGAGUUGCACGGCAAAUUGCUGAUUGCGGUGAGAAGCCGGUGGUUGCCCAGGCGCCACGAGUGUUUCUUCAGGGUGUUCGAGCUCGUCGAUGCCAACGACGAUAAGGGUUACAAGUACAAGUGGUCACAGGUGACGAGCUUCGGAGACUAUGCCCUAUUCCUAGGGUGGUCAAAGGCGAUUCAGGUGCCGGUUGGCGGGCGCGGCGGUAUAAAGGCAAACCACAUCUACUACUGUAUGCCUACCAUGGAAGACAAGUUGCCUGAUGACACCGUGUACUCUGUUACAUCUCGCAAUGAUGACCAAAUAUAUUGCAGGGAAGAAGAGAGUAUUAAAGAUGGUGUUGGAAGGACUGUUAUUCAUCGAGCUGUGCAUUGGAUACAGCUAUGGGCUUUCCUGUUACCGGAGGAUCAGCGCAAGGAUAUGGAUACUGGCUGCCACAAGCUACUGGUGGUUACUCAGGAUUUCUACUACCGGGCUACUGGGUGGCGACACAACUUCGUGAUUUUUAAUAAAAAGGCCGUGUGCAUCAAUUGA